UCGAUGCGACUGUCAAAUCAAAUCAAAACUCGGCUUUGCCCUUUUUUGAAACCGGCACCAGUUCUUCAGAGUACACCUGCGGUCUUCUCUCUGCAGGUCGGAGGGACUUUCCACGUUCUGUGUAUUUAGUUUGUGUCCCUGACUCUUCGUAACGAUCCCAGACUGACUCCGCCAUGUUGAGGUGCAGACCGUCCGUGGCAGGACUCGUUGUUCUCCCUGUGGAGAAACAUUCAAAAUGUCAACGCCACGGGGUGAAAGUAGCUUGUGAACACUGCUGUGCGUCACUAUCUGAAGGUUUGGAGCUUGAAAAAGAAACAGUGGAUCACCAGGCAGCGAGGGUCAAACAAGAGGAUCCACGUGAGUGGCUUCACAGGGAAUGUAGGACCGGUGUUUUUUUGGACCUUGACUCAUACUGGGGACUGAAAGUCAUGUUAUCUCACCCCAUCGUGCAUCCGUCUCAUGCAGUUCCCCCAUUUUUAUGGAAGUGCAGUAAUUUCCUGGACUGAACCCGAGUGGGAUGAACCGUCAGCACGGACCGAAUCGGGUGACGGUUCAAUCCCGAGUCAAAGGAGAAAUAGUGAAGAGAAACACUCCAACGAUGGCUGAUGUGACGGCAGCGGUAGACGAGGCGCUACUGGAGCAGCUCCCGGAGCCACUGCUGAUCAUCCUGUCCCCGCCGCCGCCCUUCUUACCCGUGCCCGGUGAGCCGACCAUGUUUUGGCACAAGUGGCUCAAAUCCUUCGAGCACUACCUCGACGCGCUCGGCGAAAACGUGCUGGCCGACUCCAGCCGGUGUGCGCUCCUGCAGAACUGCCUCGGUCCAGAGGGGCAGCGCGUCUUCUCGACACUGAUCCCGGGCGAAACCACGUACGCGGCGGCCGUCUCGGUGCUGACGGGUCACUUUGACUCCGACCGCGCCUCUCAGACGCACCGCCUCAAAUUCCUUCAGAGGGCUCAGAUGCCCGGAGAGACCGUGGAUCAGUUUGCGUGCGCGUUAGAAGGACUGCUGAGGCCUUGCAACUGUGGAGACGACGUACAAGACAAACUUAUCUUGAAUCAGCUGAUUGAGAGAACCAGCUGCCCACAACUCAAAGAGAGGCUUCUGUUGGAGAGGGAAACUCUGACCUUGGCUGCGGCGUUGGUUAUCGGCAAAGAGCUGGAAUCUGCUUUACAUGAAUCUGAGCUGUUUGGCUUUCACGAGGUCAGUGUGGACAUUGGAGAUGACUUGGACCCGCCUGUGCAAAGAAAGGCCAAAAGAGGGCGACCGCGGCGCGGCGAGAAACGGACUAAAGCAAAACCGCGCUCGAUUAAAACAAAACAAAUACCGUUGAGAUCCAAAGACAACUACUUUUACAGCAAGGGUGCGCUGUAUUACACUGGUGAGGAUGAAGAGAAGUGUAAGAGCGCCGCUGAGACUCGCCAGGCUUGUGGUGAAACCAGAGAUGACUGCGAUAACGAUAUGAAAGCCUCUUCAUCAUCAUCACAGAAGGUGGAGGAGGAAGGAUGCGACGAGGCUUGUGAUGGUGAUGAUGAUGAUGAUGAUGAUGAUGGCGAUGAUGAUGAUGACUUUGCCGUUUCUUCGUCCAAACUAAAAGGCCCCUACUGUCCAAUCUGCGUCGGCAGGCGCUUCAGAGAUACAAACAAGCUCGCCAGGCACAUGAGGACGCACACGCAGGAGAAACCGUUCAGCUGCCCCGUCUGCGCGGUGAAAUUCAGCCAGUCGUACCACAUGACCCGACACCUGAGGAACCAGCACGGGGCGGGCCAGCACGUCUGCCCCACGUGCGGCAAAAGUUUGGGAAGCUUCGCGGAGCUGAAGAGGCACAAGAGGACGCACACGUUGCAAAUCCUCUCGUGUCCCGAUUGCGAGGAGAAGUUCACCAACAAGGGCGCGUUCCUCGCCCACAUGUUGUCACACAGUAAAAACCGGCCGACAGAGACGGAGGGACAAGGUCUGCAGCAAAGCGGCGAGGUGGAGAACCAGGCGAUAAGUGACUCGAGUGAGAAGAACCGAAACAAGGACGGCGAUUGCAGCGACGACGCUGCUGAGAACGAUGCAGACUCUGGUAAUGGCGAUACUCAGGACGAAGGGUGUGACUCUGCUGGUAAGACGGACGAGAGCUCUGUCGCGAAAUCUCAAGACGGAGGCGGCAAGAAGGAGAAAGUCGACGCUAAGACCAAAACGAAAGGUCACUUUUGUCCCAUCUGCGUCGGCCGGCGCUUCAGAGGGCCGAACAAACUCGCCCGACACAUGAGGACGCACACAAAAGAAAAACCCUUCACCUGCCCGGUCUGCUCUCUGACCUUCAGCCAGUCCUACCACAUGACCCGGCACCUGAGGACCCAGCACGACCUGGGCAAAUACAUCUGCACUAAAUGUGGGAAAUGCUCAAGCAGCUGGCUGGAACUGAAAACUCACAAGAAGUCCCACGCGUCGGAAGGCCUGAAAUGUCUGGCGUGUGACAAACAGUUCAAGGAGAAAGCCGCACUGGUGAGUCACCUCAAGUUACACAAGAAGGUCCAGUCCAGUCCUCGGAGCCUCGUCUGCGGCGACUGCGGCAAAGUGUUCGGCCGGCUGUACCAUCUGAAGAGGCACAUCAUGACCCACCGCAAAGAGGCCAACAGCGAGUGCUUCACGUGCCCCGAUUGUCAGAAGAACUUCGCCUUCCCAGAGGACCUCAACAAACACAUGGAGAUGCACGUGAAAGAAAGCAACGGCACUUGUCCGAAAUGCAACGAAACCUUUAACAGUCCAGAAGACCUGGAGACGCACAUGGAGGUUCACGAAAAGUCCUACGCCUGCAGCACCUGCGAGAGGAAGUUCAAGGUCGAGUACGCGCUGAAGAAGCACGAGCAGGGUCACCAGAGCGAACAGUACUACUGUUCGCUGUGCCGAAAGCGUUUCAUCAAGCUGUCUCACUACAAGAGGCACAUACUGGUCCACAAUCGGCGGGAAUCCAGGUGUCCGCACUGCGACGGCGUCUUUCUGCAGCUGACGGCUUUGAAAUACCACCUGCGGACUCACACAGAAGAACGGCCGCACCAGUGCUCCUGCUGCAUCGAGACCUUCGAGGUGAAGGAGGAUCUGGAGCAGCAUUGUCUCAAGCACAGGAAAUUCAAGCGGGAGCGGCCGUACUCGUGCACGCGGUGCGAUCAGGCGUUCUGCACGCUGCUGGAGCUGACGGACCACAUGAGCGAGCACGAGGGCGAGCAGCCGUCCAACUGCCCCGUGUGCGGCAGGACGUUCCUGAACAAGAAGAAGCUGGAGAAGCACCUGAGCAUCCACACGGGGGAGAGACCCCACCUCUGCUCCGUCUGCGGCAACGGCUUCCCGUCCGCCGCCAGCCUCAAGCUGCACGUCCACAUCCACACCGGGGAGAAACCCUUCCAGUGUUCGCAGUGCAGCAAGAGCUUCCGGUCGUCCAGCGGGCUGCGGCUGCACGGCCGGCAGCACAUGGAGGUGCGGCCCAGCUACGAGUGUCCCGAGUGCGGCAGGACUUACGGGCGCAUGACGGAGCUGAGGAUGCACCAGCGCUAUCACACGGGGGACAAGCCGUACACGUGCACCUGCUGCAACAAGCGCUUCAUCAGCAAAGACAAACUGAACGUUCACAUGCGGAUACACACGGGGGAGAGGCCGUACUCCUGCCCCCACUGUGGACAGACAUUCACACAGACCGGGGACAGAAACAGACACAUCAGCAAAUACCACUAGAUGAUAACACACAGCUCCAGUGACGCUUUGGUAUCGAACGGUCGUACCUGUGGUUUUGCAUGUUUCUGUGGGCGGGUGUCAUCAAGAUAUUAUUUGAGAAGAUAAUAUGUUAAGAAGCCUUAUUUGGGUCAAUUUAAGCUGCCAUGAACACCAGGUUGUUGUAACUGACGGGGUUCUGUGAUUAAUUUUUUGAUAUGAUGGCAUUUGCAUUUGGAUUGUGUUGCUGGCAAAUGUUUUUGAUUAAAGGGGCAGUAAGCGAUUCUAAAGCAAUACACGUUUUGUAAAAUAAAACUCAGUCGAGGCUCCGUGAAUCAAAAACGGUGAGAGAAAAAAAAACAACACCGCGAGCGCAUUUUGUAAACGUCACUCGUCGACACCUUAAGAGACGCGCUGGUGCCGCAACUCUGAGAUUUUGGCCUCGUGGUCAGUGCGUCGGACUCCCACCCCGAGGACCGUGGCCCGGCCAGAGCGGUAAAAUCACAAACAACAACAAAGAGAUAAACAACCUUUCUCCAGAAUCGCUCACUGCCCUUUUUAAUUGACACAGUGGCCAAAGAACAUGCAAUUCUGUCCUUGUGCUUUUUCUUUUCGCAGCUUCAAGUGUUAACAGGCAGGCAGAUCGUCUCCGCUGGACUCUCUCCGGUAUCACUACGUCACUCUCACCAAUGCACUGGAGGCGCGGUGGUUAGCACUGUCGCCCUCACAGCAAGAAGGUUCCUGGCUCGAAUCCAGGUUUCGAGAAAGCCUUCCUGAAAAGGUCUCUGUAAGGAGUUUGCAUGUUCUCCCAGUGUCUGGGUGGUUUU